AUGCCAUCCAGUCAAGCCCCGCAACUCCCCCUCACCCUCCGCCUCUCCACCUCCUUUCCCUCACAUCUCAAUCAAGCUCCCUCCAACAGCAACACAGCCCUCCAAAACCGUCUGUGCGAUCCAAUGAUAGUAUUCCACACCUGCGGACACAUUUCCGAGUUCUCCUGCACGGUUGGAAGGUCCUUUCAAGCGGAGGAGGAGCCCCACAGAUGUACGUUUAAUGUCCCUCCUGUUGAGGAUUUAGAAGGUAUCUGUGGGCUUUGUAUUGAGCGGGGAGAUUGUAGUUCUCCGGUUGCUUCUUGUUCUUCUUCGUCUUCUACUUUUAACGUUGGGAAUGAAGAGGAUAAAGAAGCGUAUGAAGAGGACCAGGGAAUUGGGGAUAUGUACAUCUACAACGCAGAAGCACUUACCAGAAAGCCCUCAGAGCGUUUAUGUCUCCGACUCCGUGGUCUUCGCUUGAAGAUCCGUGGAUGGAUCUACCGCGUUGCCCGCGUGGAAGUGGGUGAGUUUGAACUUCAACCUCAUGGGAUUGGAGAGAAGUAUAGAUAG